AUGCGUGUCACCUCCAUCUUCGUCGCCGCCGGCCUUGCGCUGUUCGCCAACGCCCAGACGACUGUGAGCAGCGCCGGGGCUGCCCAGAGCUCUGCGCAGGCUGAGGUCCUCCGCUGCCUCGAUGCUUGCGACCCCAAGGACGUGAACUGCCGCGCCAAGUGCACCUCCGUCCCCUUCCCCAACGACUCGCAGGCCAACGCCACCAACGACUGCGUUGCCGCCUGCCCCAUCGGCGAGGGCACCGAGGCCGACAACAACGCCUACACCAAGUGCGUGAGCGACUGCAUCGGCGCCAACUACUACACCCCGUCGGCCGGCACCCCGCAGCCCACGGGCGGCGCCAGCACCGGCGGCAACGGCGACAGCGACGACAGCAACGACAGCAACGAUGACAGCGGCAACGACGACAGCGGCAACGGCGACAACACCGGCAACGACGACGCCACCGGCACCGACGACAGCGAGGGCACCCAGACCUCCGACGGGCCCUCGCCGUCCGAGUCGACUGGCGCCGCCUCCCUGGUUGGCGCGUCCUCGGGUGUCGUCGGUGUUCUCGGGCUCGUGGCCGCUGUCAUGGCUCUGUAA